GAUUUGUUCUGGGAGGCGCAUUUGGUGUCUUCACAGCUGGCAUUGACACCAACGUUGGGUUUGAUCCCAAGGAUCCAUAUCGCACGCCAACCGCAAAAGAGGUCCUCAAAGAUAUGGGGCAGCGAGGCAUAUCCUACGCAAAGAACUUCGCCAUUGUGGGUGCCAUGUUCUCAUGCACCGAAUGUGUGGUAGAAUCUUAUCGUGGAAAGUCAGACUGGAAGAAUAGUGUUAUUAGCGGCUGCAUAACAGGAGGAGCAAUCGGCUUCAGAGCUGGUUUGAAAGCAGGGGUUAUCGGCUGUGGUGGAUUUGCCGCUUUCUCCGCCGCGAUUGAUUACUACCUACGGUAACAGUGGGAUCCCUUGGGAGCAAGUUUCCCUUUUGUUCCGGUGCUGCUGCUAAGAGCCUGCAUCACGGCAGAAGAACCGUCAGGCUUACCUUUCCACUGCCUUUGGAGUCCUGAUCAGUGCAAGCUGGAUGGUGUUGGCUGCUUUUCCUGAAUGACUAACAAUAAUUUGGCUCUGAGCCCUGGCGUGCUGCUUCAGGCAGACUUGCAGGAGUAUGCGAGGACGGAGCCAGGCGCGGUGAGCAGUAUCUCCAGGACGGAUCAGCUGACUGUCAGUUUCCAGGAAACAAGCCUGGACUCUGAGCUUUUUCGAUCCUUUGGGUCUGAUUUUGAUUAAGUCUGUUGCUAGCAUCAAAAGAGACAGGAGGACAAUCUUUAAAAAGAAAUGCAGUGAUUUAGGUUACCGUGUAUUUAAACGUGCUGCAAGUGUUUAACAGUUAUGAGUUUGCAGCUUGCUACUCUUGUUGGGGAGAGGUAAGAUCCUGUGGAGAAAUAGUUUGUUCCAGGCUUUUCUUAAAAUACCAGCUGAAGACAAACCACCAUCUGUACAACUUGUCUUAUUUCAAGUACAGAGAUGAGAGCCAGAUUUCUUUACCAUGUCUUAAAGGGAAAAGCAAAAAGGAAUCCUUAGCCUUAGAACUGUGUGGUUACUGGCAAACGAACAAAACUGUUUAAGGGGAAAAAAAGAGGUUAUUGCAGAAGUAUAAUUCUCUGUAGCCGCUUGGCUAGCCUGAUUUAACCUCGCUGUGGGAGUACACGUAAUCUUGCUACUGCUUUAACUGCCACAGGCUCACACCGCUAGUUCCAGCAGUUUGAUGAUGAGACUAGAAAGUAGAGUUGUGAGAAUAAACCACUGUUAGACAGA